UCCUUAGAGAGUCAGUCAGUCAGUGUUUUGGGUAGGUCUACGUGGUGAGGAGUGGGACAUUGUCGUGCACCUGAACACCAUGGAUGACUACCCCAUGUAUGGUCUACUCGUUGGGUUCUCCCUUUGGGGGACCCUUCGGCGUUUCAUGUUUCCGUUGGGAUUCUGGAACACCUUUGCGUGUAGGGUAGAGACCAAGGGUGGUACGACCACGCACCCCUACACCCCUGAAGAAGAGGCCAAGGCCGCCGCCAUACUGAAAGAGAGGAAAGAGAAGAAGGAGGCCAAGAAGAAGGCCUUGUUGGAGGAGCAGGCGACGAAAUUGAAGAAGAUUGAGGAGGAGAUGGCCAGAGAAAAAGAAAGAUUGAAGAAAGAGGAGGAGGCGAAAUUGAAAGAGGUAGAAGAGGAGGAGGAAGAUGAUCAGCCACUGGAAAGGAGGAGAUGGCAACGGGGGCAGGCCACUGAAGUUAAGCAGGAUGAAAUAGAGAAGAAAAUUUCGGAAUGGGUUGCCAACUUGUCCUUGGGAGAAGAAGAGGAGGUUGCAAUGUAUAUCCCCAAGAAUAAGCAGGAAGCCGUCGUUAAAGCAUGGGAUGCAGAGGAAGACUCCCUAAAGCGGCAAGCGAUGGAGGAUGGGAAGAAGAUGGAGUGGAGGCUCAUGAUGAUGAGGGAAAACAAAAGAAGAGUAGAGGCGGCAAGUGAGGCGGCCAAAGAGUUGGAGCAAGUCAAGAAUCUGAGAGAGCAGAUGGCCGCCCAGGUGGAUCUCCAACGAAAAGUGGAGAUCAUUGCCCAGAGUGUUGAGCGCUUAGCCCGGGUACAGGGAGAACAAUACGAGUUUAGUAGAAGUCAGGAUAUGGCCGUGCGCUCGAUGCAGAUGGGAUUUCGGGAUUUUGCCCGCGAACUGGUAGGCGCUGUAGGGGCCGAGGUGAACCAUCGCCUCGAGAAGACAGAACGAUUCUGCGUAGGCGCCAUUGAAGGCGUCAAGCUGACCGCUCCCAAGGAGGAAGAGGCACGUCCUCGAAGGGAACCCGUCAAAGUUAAGUUCCCCGAUUCCUACAUCGGGAAGAGGGAGGAAAACUUUGACAAUUGGGAGGCCAACGUUAAGACCUAUGUGCAUCUGCAGCAGGUCUCCCCGGACCAGCACGUGUUGAUUGCAAUCCAUGCGCUUAGAGAUGAGGCUGCCAGUUCCGCGAGAUCCCUAGUCCGCGCUGCUAACUGCAAUAAUGAUGCAGUUGCCUAUUCGUCAUUCACCGCCCUCGUCGAUUUCAUGAAAUUGUUGCGCGAGCGGUUUGCUGAUGCCGCUCGUAGUGUCAAGGCCUCGGAUAAGCUUCAGACAAUCCACGCUCGUAAAUGGAAGAGUGCCAGGGCACUCAAGGGUGUCAUGGACGAAUUAGUGGUUGUUCCUGACCACGGGGUCACAGAGACCCAGUUGGUCAGCCUCUUCUAUCGGGCUAUGCCCGAAGCCUUCCGAGGGCACUUCUUCGCAAAGAGCGAAGAUCCUGCCACCACUUAUGAUUCCCUUAGUCGUGAAGUGGUGGCUUUUGAGGCAAUGUCUGUGUCAGUUUCCACCUUCUGGCACAAAGACUUAGACAAGGGAAAGCAAUGGAAAGGUCGCACUAUCUCAGGGCAAGUUAAGACUAAGGAUAGUCUUGUCCUCACUCUAGAUGAAGGUAGUGUUGACGAGAUCCCCUACAAGCAGAUUGAGUGGGGGUUAGAGGACGAUGACAAUAGCAGUAGUCAGGGGAGGACAUACGCUGCUGUUGCGGUCGGGGGGAGGCCGCAAGGAGGGGGACGAGGCCAGGGCCAAGGGGGCCGGGCCUCAGGGAACCGUUCUCAGGGCGAUCAAAGGGUUGGCGGCAGAGGAGGAAACCGCCAAGCGGGAGGAAGGGGUCAAGCAAGACCCUCAAAGAGCAUCAGGGGUCAUCUCAAGCAGGUCUUGGAAAAGUUGAGGGAAGCUAACUUCAAGAUCAACGCAAAGAAGUGCGAAUGGGCGAAAACCCAAGUGUUGUAUUUAGGCCACGUCUUAGACGGAGACGGCAUCAAGCCCGAGGAUAGUAAGAUCGCAUCGAUCAGAGAUUGGCCUACACCGCGUACGUUGACAGAGUUGCGGUCGUUCUUAGGCCUAGCCCAUUAUUAUAGGAAGUUCGUAAGGAACUUCUCCACUAUCGCUGCGCCCUUUCGCAGACUGCUCAGGAAAGAGACUAUCUGGAAGUGGGACAAGGACUGCACGUCUGCUAUGAAGAAGUUGAAGCAGGCACUGAUAGAGUAUCCAGUCCUUAAGGUGGCGGAUCCGUCCUUACCCUUUGUCGUCACUACGGACGCUAAUCAGUACGGCAUCGGUGCUGCUCUGCAGCAAGACGAUGGCAAUGGUUAUAGGCCCGUAGAGUUCGUGUCUACUAGGAUGCCUUCAGAGAAGGUUGCAACAUCUACCUAGGAGAGGGAACUCUACGCUCUUAGGCAAG